AUGCCUGCUCUCGUUAACAUUGCCCCCGAGGUCAAGAAGGCCCCCAAGCCCAUUGCCUCCAAGACCAAGCGAGCUACCCGUCCUAGCAACCCAGUCCCCCAAUUCCUUAUCGACGAGGCCGCCAAGACUGUCCGGGAACCCUUCAAUGCUGAGAAGCACCUCAACUACCAGGCGCCCAAGCGUAUCUACACAAUGGCCGAGAUCGGCCUCGAGGGUCAGGGCAUUGCUCCCAACGCUGUCUGCGAGCCUUUUCAGCUCUUCACACCCGAGGCCAUCGAGCAGAUGCGUGCCGAGAUAUUUAGCGAGGAGGUUAUGCGUGAGUGCCAGUACACUUCUGGCUUCAUUAAGAACAUGGUCCGUGGCAUGGGUCCCGACCGAGCCCCUUUCACCUACGCCGCCUGGAAGUCCCCCGAAGUUCUUGCCAAGGUCUCCGCUAUUGCCGGCACUGAGCUGAUCCCUGCCAUUGACUUUGAUAUUGGCAACGUCAACAUUUCCAUCAACGACGCUGGCGAGAACAGUGUCGAGCACCCCGACGUGAAGGACAUGGCCAGGAAGGAGGCCGACACCUCCGCCGUGGCCUGGCACUACGACUCUUACCCCUUCGUAGUUGUCACCAUGCUUUCCAACUGCGAAGGCAUGGUCGGUGGCGAGACUGCCCUGCGGCUCCCCGACGGCAGCUCCAAGAUGGUCCGCGGUCCCGUCCAGGGAACUGCUGUUGUCAUGCAGGGCCGUUACAUCGAGCAUCAAGCCCUUAAGGCCUUUGGCGGCCGUGAGCGCAUCGCCAUGGUCACUUCCUUCCGUGCCAAGAACCCUCUCACCAAGGAUGAGACUGUCCUGACCGGUGUCCGUGGUAUCUCUGACCUCUCCGCCCUCUACCACCAGUACACUGAGUACCGACUCGAGAUCCUCGAGGAGCGCAUCCGCCAUUUCCAGAAGCAGGAGCGCAACCGCGAGAUCGCCAAACGCCCUUACAACAUCCCCGAAGCCCGCAGGUGGAUUAUAGAGCAGAAGGAGUUUCUCGAGGAUAUGCUAGAGGAGAUUUACGAGGUUGAGGACUAA